AUGACUUCAUAUACUUCACGGGAGCCUGAACAUAUUCCCGGUUCAUUCCCAACCGACGACAUGCUAUCUACCCCUACUGAACAAUCAAACCUAGCUUCGCCAGCAUCUCAUCCACAUCAUAAUAAAUUACACAAACGUGAAGAUCCCCGGGGUUGGGUUGGUGAGGGAAAGGCUGCCCGCGGACAUCAGCAUACCGACUCUGGCGUCGGCCUCACUGAUACGAACGCUUUAGACUAUCAUACUCAAAGUAAAGCCAACGAAAAAGCUUUCCAGUCUAACCAACCCUUCUUGCAAAGACACGCGCAACCUGAUACCCCCUCCAACAUUGCAGAUGCAAAGCCGGUCAAUCAACAUGAAAUCGGUGGGAAGCCAGGUGUCAUGACUGGUGCUUAUAGUCGACUUGAUGAGAACAAUCGCACAUAUCCCAAGCCAGCUCCACAAGAUUCGACUCGGCAAGAAACCAAUACAGCUAGAGGUGUCCCUGGAUCUGCCACAAGGGGAGCUUCCUUGGUUACACCAGAAGCUGGAACCAAAGCAGGCAUUGAUAACCGCGGCGUCGAGCAGAAUAACUUGAUGCAAUCUAGUCAAUUUGAACAAGAUGAUCCAUAUUGGGGUGAUGUACCCUAUGGAACCGGCAUCUAUAAUACCGUCACCGGACAUGGCAGCUCCGAGACACCUGCUGAGGGGUCCGCUCAUCUUCACGACCCUCAUUUAAGCCAUAAUCAGGACCGGUCUUUCCCCCUUUCCACCCAUAACACAUCAUUACGUAAUGAGCCGGAUAAUGACAACGGCUCAAAGUUUAAGGGAGGUAUAGCUGCCGGUACUGCUGCCGGUGCUGGUGCCGGCCUCGUAGCCUCUCAAGUUCCUCGAAAACAACAAGAUCAUCAUCACGAGAGGGGCGACUUGGAAGAGCCAACUUCUCACCAGGGUGAAGAUAAGGGCGCUAGCACGGGAAGUAAAAUUGUCAGCUUCUUCUACCGGGACCACAAGGAUAAGGAUACUAAGCCUGAGAAACACGAGGCUAAGAAAGAGAAGCACUCUAUAGAGCCAGCGCCGAGCAAAAACGAUAGUCCUCUUACGAAGAGGGAUGCCGGUGCAGCUCUUGCGGCAGCUACAGUGACAGGUGGGACUAAGGAUAAUGCACGCCAACAUGGCAAGCCUCAAGCUUUUGAACGUAGACAAGACAGCAAGACAAACGCGCUCUACGAACAUCCAGAUGAGGAAAUCGAUAACCAAAAUAACCAAACGAAGGAUCCCCCCAGAAUUCUUGGAUACACGGAUCCUCACAGACAGAGUGGUAUGAAGGAUAUCAAUAAGCCAUACCCUUCAUCCGACGAUACGGCCACUAGGGGUUAUCUUUCUUCUCAGUCGAGGCCUACUGAGCAGAAUGACUCAAAAUUGGGCUAUGGACUUGGAGCCGCUGGCUUAGGAGCGGGCGCUGGGUACGCUAUUCAUGAGCAUGCCAACAGGGGCGCUCGGAAUCAGGGGCAAUCCACUCAGGCCAUGCACGAGAAGUUGACGACGUUACCAUCCGAAACAUCUACGCAGCCAAUUCAUCCAAGCCACAUCAAUGACAGGGCUCAGUAUGGUAUGGUCGCUGGUACCACAGCACCGAUUUCUUCCUCGGCGAAACAGUCUUUACCGCAAGCCAGUGAACCUCACGCCAAAUCCUCUCAUACCCAGCCUAGCCAUCGUAACCAGUACUAUAUCCUCCCAGAUGGAACACCUUCGGGUAUGAACAUCGGCGAUCACUCUGAUAAUAUGAUGAGUUCGGAAACCGCACCACUAACCACUGAGAGCAAAACCGCGUCGAAGAACGACCACACCGGCGCCAAGCUCGGCGCCGCUGGUGCAGGUGUCGUCGGUGCCGGCACCGCAGCCCACCACGUCGGCCGACAAAGCAACGACAACCCCACCACAUCCGGGACUCGCAAAGAUACCAUCCCCAGCUCAACCCAGACUCACGAGCCAUAUAUGGAAACCACAGGCUCCCAAGCCCCUAACCCCACACCCACCGGCCAGCGCAGCGGACAGUAUAUUCUAAGAGAAACUAUGCGUACCAACAACCCCGCUCGUGACCACUCCGGUGACAAGAAUCCCACUACGCCGCAUCCAGCUGCGACCGCGAAAGAAAGCCAGCACACCGGAUCCAAAGCCGCUACUGCUGCUGCCGCGGGCGCGCUUGUAGCCGGAGCCGGGGCCGCGGCACACCAUCACGGCAAGAACGAUUCGGCGGAGGCGAAGGUCGCACCUUCCGGCUCAACACGCGAUCAGAGGUCUGCGACGACGAGCUCGACUCAGGCCCCGGGUUUGGGUGGUGCCAAGUCUCAUGUGAGGAAUCGCGCGUCGACGGAUUCGAGUCAUGAUGGACAAUAUAAUGUCCUUGCGUCCGGGACGCCGUCGGGGAUUAAUCGGGAGCAUUUGGUGCAUGGGGAGUUGGGUGGUGUUGAUGAGGAGGUUAAGGGGGGCGCGGUUCGGUCUGCGGGUAUGGAGACGGGGAGGGAGAAGGAGAUGGGGAUGGGAAGGACAGGUUUGGCAACUGGUGCUGGGGCCAGUGCUGGUGCGGGCAUGGCUGCGAUUGCGGCUAGGGCUUUGAAGGCUGGUGAUCCUGUGGUGCAUCGGUGUGGGAGGUGUGGGGAGGAGAAUGAUAUUACGGGGUAUUUUCAUGAGUAAUGACUUGUUAUGACAGUGAAGAGGAUGUGAUGAAAGUUUGGAUGGAUGAUGGAUUGGGCUUGAUGAAGAUUGAUCAGAUGAGUUGGAUACUAGGUACCUAGGUGACUGUACUUAUUGGCAUGAUUCAUAUUGAGAUUGGAUAUAGUUAGUAUGAAUGAUGUG